GGAGUGAAUUGUGAUAGGACUCACUCCACAAAACUGCCAAAGCUCCAAACUUUAACACCUGAAAAGCUCACAUCUAACACCACUCAUCACCUCCGCCGCGUUCUCCACCCUCUAUUUCCUCUCCUCCUCUCCAAUGGCGCGCGCCAUGGCACGCGCCAUUCCUUUCUCCAUGAAACCCACCUUCUCAAAACCCCGUUUCCUCUCCUUUUCACAAACCCAUUUCAGAGCUAAUCCUUAUCUUAAAUCUUCAUCCAUUUCUGGGUUAUUAUGGGCAGGGAAUGAUCUUAGCAAUGCAGGAGGAUGGAGGGUUUUCAGGGCACCUGGGAUGAGUGUUUCCUGCGACGGAGGCGGUGGUUUUGGGGGCGGAGAAAGAGGGUAUAAGAGGACUAGGAGGUUUGAGACGAGUAAGAAGAAUUUGAAGCUUGAUGUUAAGAUUCUUAUUGAGGAGGGUUUACCUAAUGACCCUGAAGUUUUGAGCAUUGCUGAAAUGCUCCGACUAAAUGCUCCAAUGGCAAUGAAGUUGGCGUUUGAUGGAUUGAAGACUUCAGAUUAUAAAACAAGAGAUACAACAAUACAUGAUGUUGCUAAGUUUAAAACCAUUGAGUUGUCAUUACUUCUAUGCAAUGAUGAGUUUAUUCGAAAACUAAAUAAAGACUGGAGGGAUGAGGACCAUGCAACUGAUGUCCUCUCGAUGUCUCAACAUAUCCCUGGACUUAAGUUACCAAUUCUUAUGUUAGGUGAUAUUGUGAUUUCUGUCGAGACGGCCGCUAGACAAGCUGAAGAACGUGGCCAUAUAUUACUUGAUGAGAUACGCAUUCUUUUGGUUCAUGGCCUAUUGCAUCUUUUGGGUUUUGAUCAUGAGCUAAGUGAAGAAGCAGAGGCAGAAAUGGAGCUGGAGGAAGAGCUACUUUUGAAAAAUCUUGGUUGGGAAGGAAAAGGGUUAAUAAAGAGUGCAUGCGAUGCAGCAAAUGACGGGAGUCUUCAUGUUCAUGAUACUGAUGACAGGAAGAAAGAAGGCAGUCUUCGAUUCUAUAGACCGAAGUUCAAAUAUAUCUUCUGUGAUAUGGAUGGUACUUUGCUCAAUAGCAAGAGUCAAAUUUCUUCUGCAAAUGUAAAUGCUCUAAGAGAGGCAUCAUCAAGGGGUGUUCAAGUGGUCAUUGCCACAGGAAAAGCUCGUUCUGGUGCCAUGGACAUAUUGAAGACUGUUGAUUUGGUUGGAAGAUAUGGUAUUGUUUCCGAAUCAUCGCCAGGUGUUUUCUUACAGGGAUUGCUUGUUUAUGGAAUACAAGGCCGUGAAAUUUUUAGAAGGAAUUUGGACCCAAACUUUUGCAGGGAGGUCUUCUCCUACUCCUUGGAGCACCAAAUCGCACUUGUUGCAUUCUGUGGUGAUCGUUGCUUAACAUUGUUUGAUCACCCGCUUGUAGACUCACUUCAUAGUGUAUACCAUGAACCAAAGGCAGAAGUUAUGCCUUCAGCUGAUCAACUAUUGGCUGCUGCCGAAGUACAGAAACUGGUGUUCUUAGACACCACUGAGAGAGUGGAGACUACAAUAAGGCCAUAUUGGUCAGAAGCAGCUGGAAAUCAUGCUAGUGUUGUUCAAGCUAUUCCAUACAUGCUUGAAAUUGUUCCCCAUGGGACAUCCAAAGGAAAUGGUGUAGAAUUACUCCUUGGCCAUUUGGGAGUUUCUGCAGAUGAGAUUAUGGCAAUUGGUGACGGGGAAAAUGACAUCGAAAUGCUCAAGUUGGCUAAUCUUGGUGUUGCUCUUAGUAAUGGUUCAGAGAAGACAAAAGCCGUUGCUGAUGUGAUCGGUCUUAGCAAUGAUGAACAUGGGGUUGCUGAUGCCAUCUAUCGAUAUGCAUUCUGAGCUUCUUGAUGAAGAACAUGAAUGGUGCAGCCAUUUGGGUGCCAUGAUGUAGCCCAUAACUUUCACCCUCUUCACAAUCUUAUUCUUCAUUUUCCCUUCUCUGUAUUAAUAUUGGUUGUAUUUGUUUCUGAUUCCUACAAAAAAUAGUCCAAAAUACCCCCAACCUAGGUUAGCAGCAUUAUAUUUUUUCACAGAAAGUUGCAAUUUUUUGUAAUGCCUCACUUGAUGUUUUUGCCAACUUCAUGUAUUGAGAUAAUAAAGACCUUAUGAUGAAUAUUUUUUUCCCAA